AUGCUGCCUACUAGCUGUGAGAGCGCCUUAAAUAAGUUAGAUAUAUCAGUCAAUGUCAUUAAAGAGCAAGACUUCUCUUUCUCGAAUGUUAUUUUGGGUCAAGGUGCUCAAGGAAUUGUUGUCAAGGGAAAAUAUUUGGGGUCUGAUGUUGCCAUUAAGUCAAUACCAAUUAUUAAGGAAAAAGUAAAAUAUUUAUUAAGAGAAAUUGCAUUAUUGGACAAAAUCAGACAUCCUAAUAUUAUUUCUGUUAUGGCUGUGUGUAGUACUGAUACUAAGUGCCAUAUCAUAAUGGAAUUUUUUAAAUCGCAUUCUCUCCAGGACAUCAUAUUUAAUAAGGAUAAGGGAAUUAAUUUUAUAAUGGAUUUAACAAUGAAACGUAAAAUUGCAUUGCAAUUAAGUUACGCAGUUGCUUACCUUCAUCUACAACCCCAACCAAUAAUUCAUCGUGACAUUAAACCUGCAAACAUCUUGAUCAAUGAACAUUCCUUAACCAAACUUUGUGAUUUAGGACUAGGGAAAAGUAACAGUUUUUGUGAUAGUUUAGAUUCGACGUAUCAUGGUCGUUGGCGUGGCACAUUGCCUUACAUGGCUCCAGAAAUUUUGUUGGACAAUGAAAAUGCGAACGAAAGUUCAGACAUUUGGUCGCUUGCGUGCACCUUCAUUGAACUUUUUAGUGAACAGAAAGUAUGGAAUGUUCAUAAUGUGAGUGGAAUGAUAAAAAUAUUGAAUGAUAAGGAAACACCAAGGGUUGAAUGUAUGCCGCAAGAUAUGCGAGUACUUAUUCGUCAAUGUUUCAGUUAUAAUAAGUCAAAUCGUCCAACGAUAAGAAAUUUUCUAAGCUUAUUAGAAAAGAAAUAA